AUGGUGCAGACACGUAGCAAGUCUCGUGACAAUGCCACCGGUGCUUCGCAGCCAAAGGCCCCCAAGAGGGAACACGCUGACCGAGACACGGUUCAGACCAAGGCACAGGACCGGGACGCCGCCGCCGCGAGCAAAGGAGCAGCGGCUGGCGUCAAAGCAGAACCCCGAGAAAAAGAUGCAAGUCACACCAGCAAGGUCAAGCCCGAGCCAGAGGACGCCGCCAUCAAAGCCGAACCUCGUGAGCAAGAUGCCCACCAAGCCGCAUCCACUGAUACCACGGGCAAAGAUCAGAUGUUUGGCAUUCGCUUCACCCACCCAAACAAGGUUUGUCAAACCAUGCCAGCCCGAAGCGUUCAGCUGCCUCAAGCCAAACGCCGCCAUUCACCAUAUGUGUGGCAUCGCCCUCAGGUCAUGUUUCCAGACGCCCACCUGACCAAGGCCGAGCUGGCCAAGUAUUUUCUGGCCGUAGACCAGCAUAUUAUCCGCUACACCCGUGGUCGACCCUUGACCCUCGUGCGUGGCAUCAAGGGUGUUCAAGAUGGCCGCCAGUUCGUACGUGGCAUUUUUGCCUUUGCUCAGGGAGUGGCGGUCUGCGCUCAGUACUCUCGAAUGAUGCCACAUGGCAAGACGGACGAAUACAUGGAGGCCGAUUCCGCAAUGGCGCUGGUCUCUGCCGUGCAAAUGGAUAGCCUCGAAUUCCACGCCUGGCUAUCCACCAGCGAGCACCUUGACAGCCCAGGCCUGUACCGUGUUGACUGGCAUGUGACAACAGACAAGGUCCUCUUCAACUUGGACCCGAUUGAUGACAAGAGCUUUGGGACCGUCAAGGAGCUAGCUUUUGCUUUGCGUGACAUGCUGAGCCAAACUUUUGAGCUCAAAUCCUUUGUCAUGCUUACGGGUGGGGAUGGGCUGCACGUGGUGGUACCGCUCACGCCCGAUUUGCACUUUGACGACACGCGUGAGUUUGCCAAAUUUGUUGGCGACCGUCUGGCUCAACAAAACCCCGACAAGGCCACGAUUCAGCUCAGAAAAGAUCAGCGGGGCGGCCGUGUGCUGAUCGACUACAUGGCCAACACGUACAAUCGUGGUAUGGUAGUGCCAUACUCGACGCGAGCACGCUCGGGGGCCCCAGUGGCCUGCCCAGUCACCUGGGCGGAACUGCAGGAUUGUACCUCGUCAAAGCAGUUUGAUACACAAAGCGUGCUGAAGCGGCUAGAAAGCACGGGUGACAUCUGGAAGGACCUGGCUCGGGUCGCACAAAAGAUUCCAAAAGACUACGCGGGCCGAUAAGCCCUCCACGAUAGAUGGUCGCCCCCGCAUCAGCGCAAUCCCCCCUCCCCCACUUGCUUUACGUACCUUCGCUCUCGCCAGUUGAUGUUGCCUCAAGCUUC